GCUUGGUUUGUGUGUUGGCUUCAGAGUGACAGCGUCCAGCACAGUCACAGAAAGUGUUAACUCCUCAUUCUUUAACUAUUUGGGGAAAUGCCCCCAACAAUCACUAACUUGUUUGGACUUGAACUGGGUCUUUGCUCGGCUUCGUCCUGAAGCAUCAGAAUUGUCAAAAUGUGCUCAAGAUAUUUGGGAUUUAUUCUUCUGGUUUGGUUUCCAGGAGCACUACACGCACAAAGUGCAGCUCAGCCUUGUCCUGCUCCCUCACUGGAUGGUGGUUAUUUCUUCCCUGUUAAAGAAAGGUAUCCUCAUGACUCUCAGCUCAACUAUGCCUGUGAAAGCCUACUUAAACCAGCUGUGGAGGGUUGGUGGGCAGAUAGCGUGUGUCAAAAUGGCGUAUGGUCUCCUAAGCCACGAUGUAUAGAAGAAGAAGCCUGCAUUCUGCCAACUAUUGCCAAUGCAAAAUACACCGAGGACUCAGAAGGUUGGCACAAGGAGGGACACACCAUCAGGAUCACAUGUAACAAAGGAUAUGAACACAAAGACAACAUGGCAACAGCCAAAUGUACAAAUGGGACAUGGUCCUCUUUGCCCUCGUGUGAGAUAAGCAGCAAAUCGUGCCCGGUGCCCCCUCAAGACCCACACGCUGUAAUCAUUGACCAGGGAUACCAGGAGCUGUUUCCUCAAGAUGCAGAAGUGAAAUAUGAAUGUCAAGUUGGAUACAGCAUCGAGGGAUCACCCAAUUAUACACGUAUCUGUUUGGCUGGAACCUGGAGUGACGGCCAAAUGUGCAGUAAAGAGACAGGACGAGGUGGUGGACAUGGUGGUGGACACAGCACGUCCUCUGGAAGAGUGACACAACCUGGGGGUGGGGACAGAAGACCAGAUACUGGACAUGGUGGUUCUGCUGAUACAGGAACAGGCGGGGGAGACAGAACGUCCUCUGGCAGAGGGACACAACCUGGGGGUGGAGGAGGUGGAGGAAGCAGAUCAGAUAUUGGACAUGGUUCUUCGGAGGUGGGACCAGGUGGGGGACACAGCACGUCCUCUGGCCCUGGGACACAACCUGGCAGUGGAGGAUCCACCAGCACCUCUGCCAACAGGCCUCUCUUUAUAUCCAUCGACAACUGUGGGACAAAUCCAGUCGUUCCUAAUGGUGUCGUUGUGCAAAAGGAACGAAUGUAUUUGAAAUUCAAGUGUCAGAAUUUUUACAAACAAGUCGGUGAAGAGACUGUGACGUGUUACAAUGACGGCUCUUGGUCAAAAGUACCCGUCUGCGAAGAGGCAUUUUGUGUCUUGGAACCUGGUUACUAUGUUCGUGGUUUAGAGGUUUCUGUCCCUAUUUAUAUAAAUGAAGGAGAGACCAAAUAUAUUCCAUGUGCUUGGCUGGAUUACAGCCUGGCUGUUCAUUGCUCCAAUCGCAGAAUCACUCGUUCCCGCCAAUGCUGUCACAGAUAUGACCAUGAUAGGGGAGUUUGCAACUAAAGCACAGAGAGGGAACUCCUCCUGCCUGUUGGAUCACUCAUCAACAACGGACAACCAAAGCCGAGCGGGAAACUGAUGAAAUCCCUCCAGCAGAAAACAACAGUGGAUUUUAUUUUAACCGGAUGUAUUUCAAAGAUCCUCACAGUGUUGGAGCUUGGUGCUGUUUGACAGUCAGCUUGUAUCUUCAUAACUGAAGCACAUGAUCAAUACUACUUAUACACUGUGCUGGUGUAUGGCUACAGUAGUUUGAAUAAAAUGUCCACUAUACAUUCCAACAGAAA